CAAGGCAUGCACGCAAGACCUCACCCAUCUGUUUCAUUUGGUCGCUCCUUCUCCACAUGAUGAAGCCAUACAACAACCAGAGACCACACAGAAAUGAUAUACCAAACUGAUGAGCGAGCCGAGUGUGUGAGUGCUGUGGCCAACAUGGAGCGUACUACCGUGAAUGUUGCCACGGGUGCCUUGGGGCCCGUCCUCCAGAAGCUCACUGCUUUGCUGGUCCAAGAUCAGUACAGGUCUCGUCUUGAAGCUGCAGGGACCCGCAGCGACAUCGAGUUCAUCGAAUCCGAGCUGUCCUCCAUGCACUCCCUUCUUCUCAGGAUAUGGGAGAGGGAGGAUCUUGGUGCAGACUGCAAGAAGUGGAUGAUAGAUGCUCGGGAGCUGUCCUACGACAUGGAAGAUGGCAUUGACGACUUCAUGCUUCGCAGCGACGGCAGCCAUGGCCACGGUAGCUUCAAGAGCCUAUUCCAGAAAUUUAAGAUCAGAGUAGUGGACGUUUCAAGGCGGUGCCAGGAUGAUUGGAGGAGUAGUGCUCCUGCUGAAGCCAUCUCCAGCCACCCUCGAGCUGGCUCCCUCCACAGGGACACGUCCGAGCUCGUGGGCAUGGACGAACCCAAGGAGCAGCUCCUCAAGUUGCUGCAAGAUCACGAAAUGGUGUGCAUCCAUGGGUUUGCUGGGAUGGGCAAGACAGCCCUUGCUGACCUUGUGUACCAAGAAAUCGGGCAUGAGUUCCAGUGCCGAGCUUUCGUUUCACUCUCCAAAAGCCCUGAUAUGCUGGAGGUUCUCCGAGCUGUCCUCUGCCAAGUUACUGAAGGUGUACUACAGUCUUCGGACACUCGUUCUACCACAGAAGCAGCAACCGAAGAAAAUCUCAGCAAUGAAAUAUCCAAUUUCCUCUCUGACAAAAGGUACUUGGUGAUAGUUGAUGAUAUCUGGCAUUGGCAAGAUUGGGAAAUCAUCAGAAGGGCUCUUCCCGAGGGUGUGCCGAAGUGUAGAACACUCACUACAACUCGUGCCAAUGUUAUAGCUGAAAAAUGUCGUCUCACUAAAUUCGACAAUGGAGAUGCAUGUAUCUACCGAUAUGGUGGUAUCAAUGAUCAGGAUGCUGCCACGCUAUCUAGGAGAGUAUUUAAUAAGAAAGUCCUGAGCAUACGUCACAAAAAGAAAGCCCUGAUCAGGUCCCCAGAUCAUAUUGUAUUUGUCAAGGAGGUCCUGCCCUAUAAGAUUGCCGAGAUGUGCUGUGGCAUGCCCCUUGCAGUAGAGUGUUUGUCGUCGGCAGUGGCAAGCAGCAUAAACAUGGAGUGGAACGAUAUUUUUCAAACCGACGCAAUUUAUGAUAUCAUGGUCCAGUAUUCUAUGGAAAAAGCUGUCCAACUUGAAAGGCUUCUACGGCACAGGCUGCUGGAUGGGCUUCUGAGUAGUGGUAAUAAUCAUCCAUCGUUAAAGCCACUGGCAGAGAGUCUACGACUUGGUUACUGUGACCUUCCUCUUCAUCUCAAGACUUGCCUGUUGUACUGUAGCAUGUACCCAACUGGCUACUUGAAGAUUGAAAGGCAUGGUCUGGUGCGUAAAUGGAUGGCCGAAGGAUUUCUUUACCACCAAGCAGGGGAGGAGGAAGCAGCAGCAGCAGCAGUAGCAGAAGGUUGCCUUGACGAGCUUGUCUCCAGGGGUCUCUUGCAGCCAAAAUCAUCGGAAGAGAAUAAGCAAUACUACAGUGUCCACCCCAUGAUGCGAGCCUUCCUAGUAUGCAAAUCAAAACAGGCUGCUUUUGCUGCAUAUCAUGAGGAGGACAGUCGUCCGUCGAGCUUGGAUGCUGAUCGGAUCCGUCGGUUGUCUGUCGGUUUCCUGCGAAGGCCAGAUGAUGUUGUUUCAGUAAUGGAUGGAGCAUUGCGUACACGCUCCCUUGUGGUUUUUUCUGACCCCUGGCCACACGCUGGUGGUUGUCUAGUCCGCUGGGAAAAGUUGGAAGAUAUCCGAGUGCUGAGCAUUGAAAGCACUGGGUUUCCUCUAUCUGAUAUUGACCUGGCAGAUAUUUGCAGCAGGCUGCUCCGGUUGAGGUACCUGGGUCUCAGGGCCACGCUCAUCAGUGGACUUCCGCCGCAAAUAGGAAGAUUGCAGAGUCUGGAUACCCUGGACGUAAGCAACACCGACGUAAGUGAGGUACCCAAGGAAAUCAAGGAAUUGUGUGGUUUGAAGACGCUGGACUUGAGCAACACAAGUGUGAAGGAGCUACCGAGAGAGAUUGGAAAGCUGCAGCGCUUAGAAACUCUGGAUGCAAGCAACACCAGCGUCACGGAGCUACCUAAAGAAAUUGGAAAGCUGCAACAGUUGAAGACCCUUAAUGUGAGCUACACCGGGGUUAGGGAGCUGCCGAGAGAAAUUGGAAACCUGCAGUGCUUAGAAACUCUAGAUGUAAGUCACUCCAGGGUCAGGGAGCUUCCAAGAGAAAUUGGGGAACUGCAGCACAUGAGGAUCCUGAAUGUGAGCCACACCAGUGUCAGGGAGCUGCCUUGGUUGCUCACAAACUCAUUCAGUGUGCUUGCUGGUAACAAGUAUCCUGCUAAGGCGGGGAAGCUUUCUAACAAUGACUUGGCUGUCUUGCGAAAUCUCCAUGACUUACAUCUAGAGUUUCUAAAACCUGGAGAGGACCUAACCAUCAUGUUAUAUGAUAAUUCGUAUCAGCUUCUCCCUGUCGCAGGACUUAAGAUAGUCCGCAGACACAUGAGAGUCCCGGAGUGGGUCAGACAACACUUGGCCAGGGUUUCCACCUUGGAUAUCAGGCUCUGCAAACUGGAGGACGACGACCUUGAAUUCCUGUGUAAGAAAAUGCCAAACCUGCACCACCUUACACUGAGACUUGAAGUCCUCCCACGGAAGGCUAUAUUCAUCACAGGCGCAGGGUUCUCAAGGCUGAUGAGCUUCUGCCUCGAUUGCCGCUUGCCCAUGGUGACUUUCCAACAAGGUGCAAUGCCCAAGCUGGAGCAUCUUGAGUUCAAGUUCUACACCAGCCGAGCAUUAACAAGUGAAGACCCUGUGGGAAUCAGGCACCUCCUGAGCCUUAAAAGGGUUGUCUUCCAAAGUUCCCCGAGGUAUAAAAGCGACACUCCUGGUAUCAGCUCAGUUAUUAAUAAGGUCAGGGAAGAAGCCAAGGGGCACGCCAACAAGAUAACCAUUUCCAUCAAUGGCGUUGAUACCAUGGUUUCCCCAGUGAUAAUAACAACUGCAGAUGUUGGUGCUGGCAGCAGUGGCGAAAGCCUCGUGGUUAAGACCAUCAUUGAAAGAAUAGGACAAGUAUUGAGGGCAGCACUUAUGCGAAUCCAAGGUAUGGAGGAGAAUCUGGAGAUUGAGGAGAUCAGAGAAGCCCAGGAAUAACUGCGCUCAUUCUGCCUUGCCGAAUGAAAUCACAGGCCUUCAACAAUGCACCUUUCACUCUGAUCUCGCUGUUGCUCGUGGAUUAUUAUAUAUAUCUCUGGUUUGCGUUCUUCAGUCAAUAAAGAUGUAGUGUUUGACUACUACAAAGAAGUGGACUUGCUAAAUGACACUUGGCCCCUUGCCAAGAUGUGAUGCUUGUUAUAUGUGUCAGUGCCUCCCUGCCGCGUGCCCGCGUGGCAGUUUGUUACUGAGAAAUUUACAUACCUCCUGCACUGGAGAAAAGAACGCAAUAAUAUGUAAUAAAGAACUGAUGUAUGUGGUUGUUUGUGUG